AUGUCGUCUGAUGGCGUGGCUGCAGCUCCUGCAGCCACUAUCGAAAACGUCCUUGGGCUUCCCAAUGAAGGAAUAGCUGUUACACUUCCAAUUACUUGUGCAUGGUGGGAACGAGAGACAUGCCUUGCGAUUGGUUUACGUUCUUGCUCUGCCUGUGACCUUUAUAGAACUGUUCAACACCAGACUUACUUCCUCGGUCGUCCCCAGCAGUCACUCUCUCGGGAUUAUCGGUGCAAGGUGCCUUCGAAGCAAGUACAGCUAUUGCCUGCUGCGUUCAUUGAUAUCCUCUCUGCUCCACCGGCGCCUGCUGAGGAGUACGCUGGUGGUGUUCGUCGUUCGACAAGACAUUCUGGGAAGAAGAGAGAACCGUGUUUCGUACCGGAUUCCGAUGACGAGAGUUUCUACCAGGUGGAAGAGACUCCUCCCACCACCAAAAGAACUCGCAAACGUUCUGCUCUUCUUGAUAUUUCGAAUGGAUCUGGACGUGCAAAAGCCUCUCGCGCGGAAGCACCACCAAAGACUGUCAUCGCUGUCUCCACAAGUCAAGCCACUGCUCCACGUGAAGCAACCAAUGCCACUGCUGCAGCAACACCACUGAUUGAACGCAAUCCACCACUUGGCCAUACUACUGGCAUUCCCGCAGUUACCGCUACAAACUUGUCUGACAAGAGGAAGGCUGUUGCCGCAGUGGGCGACUUUCCUUCGCGCCUUUUAGAUAAUUCCUUCGCUGCCAUUCCAGUCAAUCCGGUCAACAACACAAAACCUCGAUCAUCGCUUCCAUCACAACAAAACUUAGUCAAUAGCUCUGUUUGGUUUCGUUGGUACAGUGCGAAAGGAAGGCAACUGGAUAAAGAUCUUCACAAAGCAGUCAUGGACGAAAUAGGCAAGGACAAGAAGAAUGGCAAUUCAAAGCUACGUCGUAUCAACUUGGAAUUGUUUGCCAAAGUCAUUUGGUCUGUGAUUGGCUUUGUUUACUCAUCUCGUUGGGUACGCAGCAGAGCCAAGGCACUUGUGGAAGUGGUGUUUGGGUACUUCCUCACUACGUUCCCAGAUUUCUUUCAUGACAUUCUAUUGAAGAAAUCAAGUCAACUUAUUCGGAAAGAAAGGAUGCAGGCUUGGAAGUUUCAGCGCACGAUGGACCUUUUUGCCACAGGUGGUCUGAAUUAUGAAGCUUGCAACAGCCUUAGAAGUGGAGUAGAGGAGCUUCCCAAGAGUAGUCAGGAUGGUGUCAUUCCUCACGGCACCACAAUUGCGAGAACUGCCAAGCAAUUGGAGCGACAUGCUGAGGUAGACUUUGGGCUUACUAUCGUCGAAACAAUCAACGACCACGGUCCAACUCUGAGAUUUGAUUUCGAAAUCUAUUUGAGAAUGAUCCUUUCUGGCUUUGGUCUUGACCAACACGCAGAAACUGGUAGCUUAUCAGAGCCAGUGUUGCUUGCUCAUACUCUUGAUGGGGCUCAAUUCACGGCUCAUCUUGGUCACGUGACAGCUGGCAUCAAGAUUAUUGAUCCACGUGCAGUAGAUCCAAUGACGGGAAGAAAUCUGUUUUUGGAUCACCUUUAUCAAUCAAGAGACCUUUGUUUUCCAUGUCAAAUUACUUUCGGCAGAGACUGCAAAGACCUUUACACUGACUGUUUCCAUGAGUUCCACAAGCUGUUCAAUGGUGGGUUGAUCAUCCCAUCAAUGGGUGAUCUCCCGGAACUUUCAAAUUUCGAUAUUGUCUCUCCACAGGACAUGUCUUCCAUUUGGAAGACAACAGGAUUGGGUGGUGGUUCCCACCAAACAACUCUCUUUUGUUAUGCGUGCAUGUGCAACAACCAUCACAAGCAUUUGUUCCAAUCUGGAGAGAAGCGGUGUCCCACUUGUGUCCGCUUGAAUGUGAAGAUGUGUUUCUGUCAUCCGGUCAAUGACCAAACCUUCCUUUCCAGCACCCGGGAUCUCCUCAAAAGAUAUGUCGAGGAGGCUGUUGACGAUGGGUACGAAAAGCUCAAGGAUGUCUCAAAGAAAAGCAGCCUACGAACGAACCCAAACCAAGUUGACAAAGCAACGGAUAAAACUCACAUUGACUUUGAGCCGGUGACCGACCUUGAUAUGAAAGGUUACAAGAAUUUCCUUCGUUCAGAGCUGAAGCUCCGGUUGGGAUCCAACAAAUCAGCAAUGAAAGACGCCAUGAAUAAGUCCAUCGAUGAUAGACGUGAGCUCCUAAAGAGUCUUGUUGCCAAGGAAGACACACUUUGGCUUGCUAGACAGACUCUGACGCGACAUGAUCAAGUCAAUUCCCUGACUGAGAAGCUCCUUUGUGAAGAGGCAAUUCCCUGUAUCCUCCAUUUGGAAAUGAGAGUCAAUGAAAAGCUCUUUUGGUCGCUUCUUGCACAGGCCUUAGAUCGAUAUCAAGAAGCUGAUGGAAAGAUCAGAAAUGAGAUGAUCAAGGUAGUGACUGACUGUGUCAAAGAUAGCAUUCUUGGUGAUGAAAAUCAUGGCCGGUCUGCACAGUGGACCUUUCCUUUGAAGGAUGGGGGGAAACAGGUGGAGCCAAGGACAAUGACAAACACUCAGUCACGGAAAUGUGUUAGAGGCAUCAAGACGCUUGCCACCCUCAUCUUUUCUCAGCAAUUUGAUGAAAAGUUAAGGACUCCUACCAUUACUCGAGCCAACAAUGCUGCUUUGAUGAAACAGUGGCAUGAUCUUAUUGAUGGCUUCCAGCCACUAAUGGCAAUGGCUAGACAGAAGGAGGAUGUUACUCCAAACGAUCUUGAUUCAUUUCAUUUGAUGGCAAAUCGAUUUAUGACACAGUAUGUUGCCUUGUUCGAUGGACAGGGGAUUACGAACUACAUCCACAUGAUUGGAUCUGGGCAUCUUCACUACUACUUGAUGAGAUAUGGGAAUCUAUACAAAUUCUCUCAACAAGGAUGGGAGGCAAUGAAUCAGAAGCUGAAGCACUUUUAUUUCAACAACACAAAUCAUGGUGGCUGUGCUGGGAGCUCAAAUGGAGACAUGAUUAGAGGAGAUCAUGUCCGUCCUCUCAUGAGAAUGUGUCAACGUUCAUUGAUGUGGAGGCUUGGUCAUGGGGAUGCAUUCUUUGAAACACAAACUAUUACAGCAACAGGCGACAACAAGUGCAAUGACAAUGAUGAAAAUGAGUUCAAUAUCGACACUCGCGAAUCACAGUUGGAGUCACAGAAUAGAAAAGUCAACUUAACAGUAGAUGCUGUGGAGGUACCAGAAACAGAAAGCCAGAACCAUUUGCCACAGGAAGACUUAUUUGAGGGGGAAGAAGCAGAGCCAGGAAAUGCUCUUCUAUAA